CCGGCUGGGCGGCAGGCGCCGAGGGCAGCGCCGAGGCAGCUGCAGGGCCGGAGCCCCGCGCCCCGCGUCCAGCCGCCGGGGGUGUGCGCGCCCGCGGAGACCGGCGCCGCGCCUCGGCGCCCCCACGCGCCCACGUCGCGGCGCGGGGACCCGGGCGGGGGCAGAGGGAGGGCCCGGCCGAGGGAGGGGAAGGGGCCGGUCCUCCCCGCGCAGGCAACGGCCGCGGCAGCCCAGGAGGCGGAGGCAGUGGCGGCAGCAGAGGCAGCAACGUGCCCGCCGCAGUCAGCCCGGCUGCGUCCGACCCGCGCCCGCCUGGCCGCCGGCACCGCGCCGCGCCCGGGCGCCCUCUCCACUGCGCGCGGUACAAGGAAAUGCUAGAACUACUGGUCUCACCCAGCCUUACUGUAAACAGUGAUCGUCCGGGGAAACUGAAGCUUAACCGUGCUGACGCUGAUGUCUGGACUCUGAGUGACAGAGAAGGCAUCACCACAUCGGCUCCGAGUGUGUCCCAGCUCUUUGCAAGACCUUGCCCGCGUGUCCUACCCGGUCAGCCUCCCUCGGCCAUGGCAGCCUACGGCCAGACACAGUACAGUGCAGGGAUCCAGCAAGCUACCCCCUACACGGCUUACCCGCCUCCAGCACAAGCCUAUGGAAUCCCUUCUUACAGCAUCAAGACAGAAGACAGCUUGAGCCAUUCCCCCGGCCAGAGUGGCUUCCUCAGCUACGGCUCCAGCUUCAGCACCCCACCCUCUGGACAGAGCCCGUACACCUACCAGAUGCACGGCACGGCCGGCAUCUAUCAAGGAGCAAACGGACUGACCAACGCGGCCGGAUUCGGAACCUUGCACCAGGACUAUCCUUCCUACCCCGGCUUCCCGCAGAGCCAGUACUCCCAGUAUUACAGCUCAUCCUACAGCCCUCCUUACGUCCCAGCCAGCAGCAUCUGCCCUUCUCCUCUUUCCACGUCCACCUACGUCCUCCAGGAGGCAUCUCACAACAUCCCCAGCCAGAGUUCCGAGUCGCUUGGCGGUGAAUAUAACACACACAAUGGGCCUUCCACACCGGCAAAGGAGGGAGACACAGACAGGCCACCCCGGGCCUCCGACGGGAAGCUCCGAGGCCGGUCUAAGCGGAGCAGCGACCCCUCCCCAGCAGGGGACAAUGAGAUCGAGCGUGUGUUCGUGUGGGACCUGGAUGAGACGAUAAUUAUUUUCCACUCCUUACUCACGGGGACUUUCGCCUCCAGAUACGGGAAGGACACCACGGCGUCCGUGCGCAUCGGCCUCAUGAUGGAAGAAAUGAUCUUCAACCUCGCAGACACACAUCUGUUCUUCAAUGACCUGGAGGAUUGUGACCAGAUCCACGUGGACGAUGUCUCAUCUGAUGACAAUGGGCAAGAUUUAAGCACCUACAACUUCUCCGCCGACGGCUUCCACAGUUCGGCCCCGGGAGCCAACCUGUGCCUGGGCUCGGGCGUGCACGGCGGCGUGGACUGGAUGAGGAAGCUGGCCUUCCGCUACCGGCGGGUGAAGGAGAUGUACAACACCUACAAGAACAACGUCGGCGGCUUGAUAGGAGCUCCCAAAAGAGAGACCUGGCUGCAGCUCAGAGCCGAGCUGGAAGCUCUGACCGACCUCUGGCUGACCCACUCUCUGAAGGCACUAAACCUCAUCAAUUCCCGGCCCAACUGUGUCAACGUGCUGGUCACCACCACUCAACUAAUUCCCGCCCUGGCCAAAGUCCUGCUGUACGGAUUGGGUUCUGUGUUUCCUAUUGAGAACAUCUACAGUGCAACCAAGACAGGGAAGGAGAGCUGCUUUGAGAGGAUAAUGCAGAGGUUCGGCAGAAAGGCCGUCUACAUCGUGAUCGGCGAUGGUGUGGAAGAGGAGCAGGGAGCCAAAAAGCACAACAUGCCUUUCUGGAGGAUAUCCUGCCACGCGGACCUGGAGGCGCUGAGGCACGCCCUGGAGCUGGAGUAUUUAUAGCAGCACCCGCAGCCUCACCACCUGCCAUCAGAGAUGCAGCCCACCAGCCCAGGCCCCCGGCUUUCCCCGCCGCCCCCGCCAGAUGCUGGACACCAGGCAGGGUCCCUCCAGCCAAGAAGUGUCCAGUGACCACUUCAGAAGUUGUCCUUUCAGUCCCAACGCGGGUCCUGAGAAACAGGGCACCCAGCAGUGGCUUUGGAAUAUUUAACUUUGGGGAAGAGGGGUGGCUCAGAGUCCAGACUGUUCGGCAAGACUCACAGAACAAAAGCAAGGAAUUGCUGAUUCGGGGGAGGGCUGGUGAUGAGAAGGGAACAGGCUUUUUUUUUUUUUUUCCACUUUAAUUUAUGGACUAAUCUCAUUACUCCGCUAUUAUGCUCUUGUACCUGUGUUGGUUUUCUUAGCUGUUGGUGUUUUUGUUUUCUCAGCUGGCAUGUUUGGCGGUGCACAGUUCUAAUUGAAGCCUCUCUGCUCCGAGUCGUGCUUUGGGGGGACUAGUGAAGGAGGCGAUUCGGGGCUGUGGGGAAGACUGUUGCUUAUUUUGUUUUUAAGAACCUAACCUGACAUCAUGUGGACAGUGUGCGUGCCUUACACUGCCAUCUUGUUUUCUGGGAAGAGGGGACCCUGGGGAGGAGGUGGUAUUUUGCGACGGAAAGAGGCAUUAAAUAAAACCACGUUUACAUUUUGAA